AAGAGCAUUAACGUGCCACCUAUGUGAAGUUGUGAACCCAUCCUCCGCCUCCACAAUCAAUCAUCGCUAAAACCCUUCCUCAUGAAACGACACCGUUUUCAUCCCAAACACGGUACACUCUUCACAAGCCGAUGACACUUUCUCUCAUCUUCACCACUUUCCGAAUUUCCAAUACUACCCUCGUCACCCAUUACCAUACUCUCAAACCCAACAAAUCCGAAGCAUGGUUCGUCAAAAUCGUUUCCACCCUCUUUCUCCGCUUCACAAACCCACUCGACGUUACAUUUUCGCGCUACGUUCGUAACCACUUAACCCCUUCACUUACAUUACAAAUUAUCAAAAAACUAAACAACCCUCAAUUAGGUUUCACCUUUUUCCAAUUCACCAAACAAAAAUUGAACCUUUCUUAUUCAUUUUGGACUUACAACUUUCUCUUAAGGUCCCUUUGUCAAGAAAAUCAACACAGUUUAGCAAAACUUGUUUAUCAUUCUAUGAGGGCUGAUGGGUUGUUGCCUGAUAGUAGGUUGUUGGGAUUCUUGGUUUCUUCUUUUGCGUUUGUUGAUAGGUUUGAUGUUUCCAAGGAGUUUAUUAAUGAUGCUUUGUGUAAUAAGGUUGAUGUAAAUGUUGCUGUUUAUAAUAACUUUCUUAACAUUUUGGUUAAAUCUAAUAGGUUACACGAUGCUGUUAGUUUGUUUAGGGAGCUUGUUAGAUUUAAUUUGAAUAUAGAUAUAUUCACAUUCAAUAUCUUGAUUCGAGGUUUCUGCGUUAUUGGAGAAAUCGAUGAGGCGUUUAGGUUUUUGAAUAAUAUGAGAAGUUUUGGUUGUUACCCGGAUGUUGUUAGUUAUAAUACUCUUAUACAUGGUUUAUGUAGAAUAAACGAGGUUGAUAGAGCAAGAGAUUUAGUUAGAGAGAUUUGUUUGAGAAGUGAGUUUGGUCCUAAUGUUUUGAGUUAUACGAUAGUGAUAUCGGGUUAUUGCAAAUUGAGUAAGAUGAAGGAGGCUUCUGGUGUUUUUGAUGAAAUGGUUUCGUCUGGAGCUAAGCCUAGUGUAGCUACUUUUAAUGCACUCAUCUAUGGAUUUGUUAAGGCAGGUGACAUGGCUUCUGCGCUAGGAAUACAUAAGAGGAUGCUGUUUCAUGGUUGUUCUCCUGAUGUUGUUACUUUCACUUUGUUAAUUGAUGGAUAUUGCCGAGUUGGGCAGUUGAACUAUGGUUUGGACGUUUGGAAUGAAAUGAAAGCGAGAAAUGUUUCUGCAAAUUUGUAUACUUUCUCGAUUCUUAUUAGUGCUAUGUGCAGGAGCAAUAGACUAGAAGAAGCUCGUGAGCUUCUAAUACUAUUGAAUCAAAGUGACAUUGUUCCACAACCAUUUAUCUACAAUCCUGUCAUUGAUGGAUAUUGUAAAUCCGGUAAUGUUGAUGAAGCUAAUGCAAUUGUGGUAGAUAUGGAGAACAAAUGUAAACCGGAUAAGCUAACAUUUACUAUUCUUAUUAUCGGUCAUUGUAUGAAAGGAAGAGCACCUGAAGCCAUUGGUAUCUUUUACAAGAUGUUGGCGACCGGUUGUUCACCUGAUGAUGUUACUAUUAGAACUUUAAGUUCAUGUGUUUUGAAGUCUGGAAUGCCUAGUGAAGCUGCCCGCGUUAAGGAAGCUCUAUUUAAGAAUCAAAGUACAAACUCAUAUAUGCAGCAGUCUCUUUAUUAAAGUGCUACUGAAAAUCAGUGGUUAGGCAUUGCCUUCCACUGUUUUCCCUUGAGAGAAUAUACUCAUCAAGCAGCAUGCCAAUAUUUUCUCUAGAUUAUCAACAAUGGAGUCAGAAUUGGCAAUUUCCCCAAGAUUAUGCUGAUGUCGUUGGAGCAUGCAGGUAAGCAUGCUGCAAAUUGUUGAUUUUUUUUUUUGGAUUUAGUUUUCCCGAUUAAAUUUGAAUUAUUGUUUCUUGUCACUUUUCUCCUCACUUUUACUAUGAAGUUUUAGUUAACAGUCUUGUUGAUCUCAACACACCAACUUAUCAUUAUCAUGCUGGCAUGGUAGCUUUUUGUUAGAGAAGAAACACAUAUAAUAGGAAGAGGAGAGAGUAGUAGAGGUCAUUGAGAAGUUUGUUAUGGAACUGGUUAGGAGGGAAUGCCUAUCUGAUGUAACAGAGGAAAUGUUGGAAGCAAGGGUUGAUGCUCUAGAAGCAAGAAUGGUGAGUUUGGAAGAAUAAUUGAAAUCACUUGUGGCGGAGUUUCUUCAAUUGUUGAAGGCAGAGAUGGAGAGGUAUAUUGAGUUAUAUUGGGGGUGCUUCCACAAAUGAGGAUCUCAGUGUCAUUGGUCAAUUGUUCUCCAGCAACUGGUCACUGUUGGAGAUGAAAACAGUUGAAAAGCAAGGUCAUUACAGAAAGGUACCAGAAAAAGCAACGAGACGGUGCUAGAGGUGACUGUCAAUGGUGGAGAUGAAGCUUAACACAAGGAAAUAGAAACUGAAUUCGAAAAAUUUGUUGGCAAGGGGGUACAAAAGUGGGACUGGACGAGUGAGGUGCAAAGAAACAAGCAGAUGGUUGGUUUUUGUCACCACCGCCCGGAACCACCAGAUUUCCGCCGACCUGCAGCGGCUUUGUCUGAGCCACAACUAUCAGACCGUUGUUUAUUUAUUUAUUGGAGAUCCUGCUAGGAUCCCACUAGUGUUGUCUAUGGCGGAUGUCGGGAAAUAGCGGUGAGUCCAAUCCGCCAUAAAAAUAUGGUGGAUGGCGGAAUGGAAAAUGGAGGAUUCUCAAUUUGCUAACUUUACCACGGUAAGAAAGGAACUAUUGGAUGCUUCAAGUGAACUUACCCUUUUCAAGUUGUGGGUGGUUGGUGAUGAAUUAACCUCUCUGAAUUUGGAAGAAAGUGACGAUAGGUUUCCAACCCCGGGAAUUGGGAGUCAACUUUAUGAAUGUUUCAAUCUCAUGAAGCUAGCUUUACACAUUACCGACAGCGGGAUCUAGGAGGAAGUGACUUGAGGUUCAAUGACAAUUGCACCAAGAGAAUAGUAGUUCCUUGGAAAGGGAAGAAGCAAAGAGCCACUUUGGAGAAAAAAGUCAAUAUUAGGAGUUAAUGUUCCAAGCUCAGACUAGAGGGAAAGUCUGUUUUCAAGGGGGUGGCAAUGUUAGAACCUCGAAUGGGCUUAACACCACCUAAUCAAUAUCAUGCUGGUGCGACAUCUUUCUGUUAGAAGGGAAACACAUAAAAUAAGAAGAGGAGAGAGUAGUAGAGGUCAUUGAGAAGUUUGUUAAGAAAUUGGUUAAGAGGGAAUAUCUCCCUGGUCGGAGUCUUAGACUCUGGGGUGUUAUCCGUUUCUCCAUUGUAGAGCUAUUGAGCUCACAUUUUGAUCAAAUAAUGUACAGUUUUGUCUUAGCAGCAAGAAACAGUAUUUUCAAAAUUUUCUUCAAUUUCUCUUUUUUUCUGAUAUAAAAACUUGGAAUAUUAUUUGAUCUAUGAAAUCAUCCUCCUUCCUUGCAAGACUUAGGUUAUGUGAGAGGUCUAUGUGUUAUAUGCAAAUGUCUAUGAUCUUAAGCAAGGUUGUCAGAAUAGAGAGUUUACUUUGAAUCGAAAGAGGAUAGUAAGAUCGAAAAAUCGUAAAUUGCAACCAAAAUCGGUGGAUUCUACUCGCAUCAUUUUGUUGAAUCGAAAGGGGAAAUCAAUAUUGCAUAAUCAAAAAUCGUGACCAAAAUCGAUGGAUUCAACUCAUAAUAGUAAAUAUAUAUUAUAAAGUGCAAGUACUCAAAGAUUAAAAUCAUAAAACAACCAAGUCUCAAAUCUUAAAUCUA